AUGGCCAAGUUUAAAGAUUUAAAUUUUUUGGUCAUCCUAAGAGGUAUUAUACCUUUAAAGAUGCGAUUAGGCUAUGGAUGGUUUCAGGGACUAGAUUUUCUAUUCUGGAAUGCAGAUGAUCAUGUCGUCACUGAAAAAAACAUAACAUACAAUUCAAAUUUUAAUGUCAAAAAGUUUGAAGCAACCAUUAACCAGCAAGCAACGUCAUUUGAUCCAUCUACCAACGUAGUUUUGACUGACACCAGCAGAGCCGUGGCCGUAAACAGAUGUGACAAAACAUCAUGUGACUUGGUCAGCUGUACUGAAACCAAUACGUGUACGCUUUUGUACAUUCCACAUCAUUGUGAGGUUCGAAACAAAUUAGGCUCGGCUGUUUAUAAAUCUUCAGAAAACGAAGAGUCUUGUUCAGCACCGCCACCGUCCUGA